UAGGAUAUUGUACUAAUGUUAAUUUAUACUGGGAUAUAUGAUGAGAGGAGAUUGUUUGGUGUUACCACCCUUGAUGUUGUAAGGGCAAAAACUUUCUAUGCUGGAAAGGCCAAAGUUCCAGUUGCCGAGGUCAAUGUACCUGUUGUCGGUGGCCAUGCAGGCAUUACCAUUCUGCCACUAUUUUCUCAAGCAACACCACAAGCCAAUCUGGAUCAUGACCUAAUUCAGGCUCUUACAAAGAGGACACAAGAUGGAGGAACAGAAGUUGUGGAAGCUAAGGCUGGCAAGGGUUCUGCAACAUUGUCAAUGGCUUAUGCUGGAGCAAUUUUCGCUGAUGCUUGCCUCAAGGGCCUUAACGGAGUCCCAGACGUUGUUGAGUGCUCAUAUGUGCAAUCCAGUGUCACUGAUCUUCCUUUCUUUGCUUCCUAGGUCACUGCAACAAACUGUUUUC